ACGAAAUGGAUGUAUUGCCAGACAAUUCUUCCGUAAUUCUACAAGACUUGCAACAACAAGAAUAUAAAAUCUGGACAGUUAAUUCCACAAAAUUAAUGAUCGAUUUGUAUAAAAAAUACAGACAUAAAGUGGGUGGGAUAGAAAUUAGAAAUUUAAAAAAGAUGUGGGAGUUGAUUGCUGAAGAAUUAAAUAAAAAUUAUAAGCUGAAUGUGUCAGCUAAUAAUUGCGAUAACAGAUGGCGAGUAUUGGAACGGAACUACAAAAAGUGUAUUGACAAUGCACAUAAAACCGAUAGGGGAAGGAAAUGUUUCGAAUUUGAAACGGAAAUGAAUGAAGUUUUUGGAAAGAAGAAAAACAUUAUCCCGAAAUCCUGCUAUCCAGUAACUCAAAAUCAUAUCCAUCACAAACCAGUGACCAAAUCAUUGAACAACCAUUUGAAAAUGUAGAAGAAGAACCACAACCCAUUGAUGAAACCAUCAAUGAACUUAGAAGAAAAGAUGAUACCCAAAAAGAGAUCAUACCCAAAAGGGCGCCUAAAAAAAAUAAUUUACUACACAAUCCAAUAAACUCAAAAAGGAGAAAAAGUAUAAUCCAAAAAAAUGAAAUUUUAGAAGAGAUGCGUACAGACCGCAGAAGGUAUUACGAGGAAAAAAUUCAGUUGGAGAUGCAAGCUCUUGAUAGAGAAAUGCAACUUGAGGAUCAAAAAUUAUUAGAGAGAAGAAAUGAAGGCAAAUGAUCUAA